UUAAGCCAUACCAAAGUUCCAAAAAUGAUUUGCUUCAUUUCAUGUCAUGGAUAUUUCAUAUUAUUUUCACUCAUUUUCCUUCAAAAAAUGUCUCUUCUUUCUUUUCACCCUCAUUUUCUUGAUAGCCCUUGUGGUAGUGGCGAUUCCUUCUAUGCUCUUCUUAAUCUUGAAGCCCCAAAAGCCUGUUUUCUCUCUUCAAACAUUAAAGGUACAAUCUUACAAGUUGAACCUUUCGAAUUCGGGCUCUGACCCACUAUUUUCAUCUGUCGUUUGUCUGACCCUGAUUGCGCAAAAUCCUAACAAGGUUGGCAUAAGGUAUAGACCGACGCGGUUUCACGUAUUUAAUGGAGGAGUAGUGAUCGGAAUGAUUCAAGUUCCUGCAUUUUAUCAACCUCCACAUAGCAAUAACUUAACCUUGGAGGCUCGAGCAAUUUUUUACUGCGUGAAUGUUACACAAAUUUUGUCUAAUAUAUCAUUGCAACAAAAAGGUUCCACGAAAAGUAUUAUAUUGGCAAGCAUGUUGGGUGAUGUUGCAGCUCAAGUAAAACUUCUCAAUGUCAACUUGCCCAAGGUUAAGCUCGCGGUGGAGUGCGACAUAAACAUUGACCAAAACCAUAUUGAACUCAGUAACCAAUUCGUCUACAGCUUGAAAGCAGCAAAAUAUAAUACGAUAUCUCUUCCAAUGAACAUCAAGGGAACUUUCUCCAACAAGUGCUCUGCCUCUAUUUACAUCUAGAGCACUGAAGAUAUAUAUACACACACUCUGAAUGACAUUGAACUGUAAAUUCUACUUACAUAUUCACUCAUGAAUUCAUUAAUUAUUUUGUAAUACCUUAGUUCUGUGUAAAUUAAAUACAGUUUUGGAUGAA